AUGAUUCCCGCUACCGUCGUCUCACCGCAUUCAAUCAAUACAUUGGACCGUAUUGCUUUUUGCAAAAGUGUCCGUGAAAAGCGCAAACAACUUCAACUAAAUCAUCAAACAGAUGAAAAGGAUGAUAUGAAUUCAUCUGUCGAGAAUGCCUUUCUCACACAAAUGCUUCAAUCGUCGAAUUCCUCGGUUACACCCUCGUCGUCACCAUCGUCAUUGAGCAUUGCAUCCCUUUUACGAAAAGGUAAUUAUGCAUCCCCAUCAUCGUCAUCGCAUCGGACAGCCAGCAGUACUUUGACAAAUAUUUUACCGGCUCUACUCAAUGGUACAUUACAAUCACCGCGCACUAUUUCCCCGACCAGUGUAACCACAAAUGCCAUUUCAAUGAACUCCCCAACGAGUACAAACACAACUGAUACGCUUGUGGAUAUGAAAUCGUCGACAUCACUGCCUGUUUCACCUGCCACUCAUGUUUUCAAUAAUACUCGGCCGGAUUCAUCACAUAAUGACGUUUCAAAUUCAGGCAAUUCUUCGCCGCCUCGUUGCCGAUCCUACCCUAUGGCUGCCCUGACAAAACGAGCCGCUUCUCCUACAUCUACUGUGUCACCUUCUGAACCAGCACCAGUCACUCAAUCAUUUCCAUCUCCAACAUCUUAUCUAUUAGCAACAGCUUCGUCUUGUCCUUCAUUCGCAACAACAACAAAUAAUAUGAUAAUUCCAUCAACGUCUCCAUCGCCUGAUGAAAUGGCACCGAAGAUCGUUCGUUCCGCUUCAGUCAAAUCAUGUGCAUCGGAUUCUGGUGUUUCAUCCUCCAGUCCGUUGUCAGAUAACAAUAUUGUACAUGUGUUCCGUACAAAUCAGACCGAACCUAACCAUCAACCCCAAAUGCCAACUGGUAGUCGAAAACGGAAAUCUCUCGCUCAUUUCUAUGACGAACUCAAUAAAGACAAGAAAUUUUCAAGUGAAGCUACUGUUUCAUCGGGUUUUACCAUGCCAACAUCGACAACAAAUUCGAACAUUCCAUUUAGUCAACAAGAAGCAUUGGCUUUUGGUUAUGCUCAAUAUGCUCUUAUGCACACACUCACUCAACAGUUUCGUGUCAAUUAUCCCGCAGCAUUAUUGCAUGCUGCGGCAGCUUCCGGAUAUCUACCAAUUCCACCGUCAAUGAUGGCUGCUGCUGCCGUCGCGGCUGCCGCAUCUGCAAAUGCCAGCACGAAUGGAGGUAAAUCAUCACCAACAGAGAAGUUUCGCGAACGUCGGAAACAAGCGCCAGAAAGUGAUAACAAUAACAAUCAUAUUCAGUCAAACUCAUCAUUAAAUGAUCAACCAUACCGACGAGAAACCUAUCAAACUCUACUUGAAAGUAGUCGAAUAUUAGGACAACAACAACAAAAAUUACUUAAACCAGUACCAAUCGAUCUGCGAAAACAUAGUGGAAGCAAUCGAACAAAUGAUAGCCCUCUUUCAUCCAACUUUCGUUACUCAUCUUCAUCAUCAUCUGCCUCACCCUCGAAUUCUCCACCAUGUUCAAGUCCUCCAAAAGAACCCAAUAACGAUUAUGUGUGUAUUCCGAAAAAACUCAUGCCCGUCAUCGGUGCUCGCAUCAACGAUUGGCUCGAACGUAAUGUUAACUUUGCUCUAUCACUUUCCGUCGUUCAAGAAACACUCACCAAUGCGAAAGAUAAAUACUUAUUACUUUCUCGCAUCUGGCAUCGCUUACUCUUAACCAGCAUGAUUGAACACAGCUUUGAAAUCUAUGUCACCAAAGAUUUGCAAAUAACUAAUGAUAUGUCAUGUACGUCAUUAUCGACAUCGUCGACAACGAUUACCUAUCCGACCGAAAAUGAUGUUAAACAAAUCGAAUCGUUAAUAACUCGCGGUAAAACACUUGAAAUCGAUGAGAAUGGUUUCAAUCUCAUCCGCGAAAUGAUCAUUUACAAAGAAGGUAAAACAUUAUUUAAUAAUUCAUCUGGAAAUCUAUUUGAAAAAGCGGAAUGUCAAACGCAAGCAAAAUUGACCACAUGGUGUUUAACACGCGUCAAAUAUUCGAAAAUAGUUUUCUUUUUAUGCAAUAUCUAUCAAGUGAAAGAAGAUGUCUUUGAACGUUUAUUUUGUGCGGGUUCAAUGCAUCAAAGUACACCGAUUCACGCCCAUAUACAAAGAUUUUUAGACUCAACCAUAUCGAUGAAUGUUUAA